AUGCCGUUCCCUUUCGGUAAGUCUCACAAGUGUCCAGCGGACAUUGUGAAGAAUCUAAAGGACAACAUGACCAUUCUGGUGAAGCAGGACAUUUCAGACAAGAAGGCUGAGAAGGCCUCUGAAGAGGUGUCCAAAUCUCUGCUGGCCAUGAAGGAGAUUCUCUAUGGCACCAAUGAGAAGGAGCCGCAGACAGAAGCCGUGGCUCAGCUCGCUCAGGAGCUCUACAACAGCGGCCUGCUCAGCAUCCUCGUCGCAGAUCUGCAGCUCAUCGACUUUGAGGGCAAGAAAGAUGUGGCACAGAUCUUUAAUAAUAUUCUGAGACGUCAGAUCGGCACUCGGACACCUACGGUUGAAUACCUGUGCACUCAACAAAAUAUACUCGUUAUGCUGCUUAAAGGUUACGAGUCUCCAGACAUCGCUCUGAACUGCGGGAUCAUGCUGAGGGAAUGCAUACGGCACGAGCCACUGGCCAAGAUCACCCUCUGCUCUGAGCAGUUCUACGAUUUCUUCAGAUACGUGGAGAUGUCCACCUUCGACAUCGCCUCGGAUGCAUUUGCCACCUUUAAAGAUUUGCUGACGAGACACAAACUGCUCAGCGCUGAGUUCCUGGAGCAGCACUAUGACAGAUUCUUUAGUGAAUAUGAGAAACUUCUUCACUCAGAAAACUAUGUGACUAAAAGGCAGUCGCUAAAGCUUUUGGGAGAGCUGCUUUUGGACAGGCACAACUUCACUAUAAUGACAAAAUACAUAAGCAAACCAGAGAACCUCAAACUCAUGAUGAACCUACUGAGAGACAAGAGCCGCAACAUCCAGUUUGAGGCCUUUCAUGUAUUUAAGGUGUUUGUGGCCAAUCCGAACAAGACACAGCCCAUCCUCGACAUCCUGCUGAAGAACCAGACCAAACUCAUCGAGUUCCUCAGCAAGUUCCAGAGCGACCGCACCGAGGACGAGCAGUUCAGCGACGAGAAGACCUAUCUCAUCAAACAGAUCCGAGACCUCAAGAGGUCAACCCCGCAGGACGCUUGAGAAGGAUCACGAUUGUAUACAAAUGCAUAGAGGACGUCUAGACAGUGUUUUAGGCAACGUCUGGAUGAUGUUUGGCUCUCUGGGACGUUGAGUGGCCGCAGCACUGGCCAUGUUUUUGUGUUUUGCAGGAACCGUUAAAUGGCAUUUGAGCUCGGUGGGUGAGAAAUAUUGCUUCGCUGGACAUUCAACCUCUUCCCCUACAAUGUUUUAUUCUUAUGUUUCAAAAAACGAGCAAAAUGAACAGAAAAGACGGAUGUAGAUGCCGCUGCUUUGUUGCACAUAAAGAAGGAGGGUUCUGUACCUCAUACACAAACAUACACUCAAAUGGCUCUUGAUGCUUAUUGGAUAUUAAUGAACUCCAGGAAACAUAUUCAAAUGCACAUUUUGAGGUUGCAUAUAGUGAGUGAGUGAACGUGUACAUAGGCUUUUUCACCUUUAUGGUUGCUAUCAGAUUCAUUUUCAAAGACAGAAAUUAGUAAAUGUGUUGACUGAGGAGGGUUUAGUUAUUGUUAGAGUUGUUGACCCUGAUUUAAAUAUGUCUUUUCUUAUUAUUAGUCACUGUGUCGAGUGGGUGUAAUGGACAGUUAACUUGUCUGCUUUCUGUGACUGUGACUUUAAGAUUUGUGCCCUGGCUCCAGUUUUUUUUUUUUUUUACUUCUAGUAGUAGUUUUCAGUAUAACUAACCCUACUACUCAUACCUUUUAGAUAGUUUAUAUGUUAACUUGUCCCUUGUUUGGAUAAUUGGAUGAGUUCAUGUUCAUGGGUGAGUCUCACAAAAACAUGUCUAGGUUACAUUUCACCCCAAAAUCAAAAGAAAAAAAACAACAUAUUUGGGGACAUAACGAGUCCAAUGUGAGAUGUUAUUAUCAGCAGACUAAUCUGAAAUGGUUGGAUGUAGAGAAGCAGCUCAAGCUCAUAUUAGCACCUAAUUGUGGCUGCUGAGAGAACAUUUGAGCAGCUACGUCCUUUAUGAAUGUUUUAUGUAGGUUUGUUUUAAGAACAGCGCAGUGCUUGAUGGGGGUUGUCAUUUAAUACGUUAAAUCUGGUGCAAGAAUGAAAAACCACACAAAACUGAAAGUGAUUUAGAGGGUUUGGUUGAUCAUUUUCGUAUUACGGUUAGCAUUACUGCUUUUACUCACAAGACAGCCGCAAUCAUCUACCAUAAAACCCUUCAUUUUUAUGAAAGCAGGUGUUAUUCAUAAUGUUAACUCUUACUCAUUUUCAAUGCAGAACUUUACCCGAACUCCCAUAAAACAUGUUCUGCCGAAUGUUUACAGUACUGGUCAGAAUAACAGGGAUUGACAAGUCUAUAACAGUAUUUUAUUUUAGUGAAAUGUACAAUAAACCUCACGUAGCUUAAAGAUGUAUUUUUUUUUUCAUAUUUCAGUCUCGGCAUAUACUGUUUAUAUGGUGACGGGCAACUCGUCAUAAUCUGUGGUUUAGUCUGCAUCUGACUGGACUUUUUCAUUGGUUGGCACAUGUAACAACAGCCGAUCACAGUCAUCUUGUAUGCCUGACAUCAUAAUGACCCAGAGCAUUAAGAAUUCUGAGAAUUAGCAAACUUAUCUUGGCAUAUCAGUGCAUGUUUCUUUUUUGCAGCCUUAGAUUAAGCAUGGACAUCUAACGGAUGGGCUGGAAACCUCUUGGCCUGCGGUCUGUUCAAUUAAACAGUCCAAUCUAACCUAUGUAGAUCUGGCCUGAGUAAUAAGACUUGGGCACAGAAGUGGUGGAGUUUCAUCUAAAAAGUCAAUCAGUAGCCAGACUAACAGUUGGAAAUAAAGUUUGGAAUAAAAUAA